AUGGGCACAGUAAAACCAAACUAUAAGGAGGGUAAAAAACGGAAACCAAUUGCAAACUAUAUCAUGAAGACACCACUGGGAAAGGUAUCUCAUCAAGUUAAUAAACAUUUUUUAGCCUAUACAAAAGACGAUGAGUUGAUUCCAAAGUACUCCAGCAUUGUCGUACGACGAAUCCCAAGAUUAGUCACUGAAACGCAGAAGAAAAAGGUUGUAGGCCCGGAUGAUCUGACAUGGAGGGAACUUUUAAAAAGUCAAUCAAACACGUCAGAUACACCAAACAGCUCUAAGCAUGUUAAUUUAGCUGACUCUGAUUUACCAGAAGAAGAAAAAAUAAAGCUUAUGAUGGAGAGAUCUUCAGAAAUCUAUUCAGAAACAAAUUUCACGGUACGAGCCAAACCGUAUGGAGUCCCUCCGGCUGCCUACGUUUGUCACAAAUGCAAUCAACCGGGGCAUUGGAUUCAUAACUGCCCGGGUGUGCGAGAUAAAACUGGGAAGAUUAUGGACGCAAAGUCAGUAAAACGCCCGACGGGAAUUCCACAAGAUUUCCUAUUGGAGGUUGCAGCUGGAACUCCGGGUGCAUAUUUGGGAAAAUCUGGAAAAUACAUGGUCCCCAUCAAAGACGCUGAAGCGUACGCUCAAGGUAAAAAAGACAAACGACCAUUUUCCGUCGAAGAAAAUCCUCCGUAUGUUUCUCAAGAAAGGACCCCACCGAAGCAGCUUAUAUGCCCAUUGUGCAACAAACUAUUCAGCGAUGCAGUUUUGGUAUCCUGUUGUGGGACGACUUAUUGUAACGAAUGCAUCAUGGGUCACGUAUUUGACUCACAAGUCCUGGGUUCACAUAAGUGCCCUAAUUGUGAGGCAGUGCUUACAGAUCAUGAAUCAAGCAUUUUUGAAAACGCUCUUGUACGGAGUCUGAUUCGCGAUUGGCUUGCGGAUGAAACAAAAGUAGUGGAGCAAGAUUUACUUAUUCCUGAAGAUAUAGCAAAAAUAAAUGAAAACGAAAAGGCAUUCGUAAACUGUCGCCGUGUUUUAAAGCCAAAGAAGGCGAUCGCUGGUCUUACGUCAGUCAAGUCUGCAAAUACGAAUGUAACGGAAUCAAGUCAAAUCCAGAAUCCAAUGAACACACAAGCGAUCGCUUCAGAAUCCACUUCUGUUGUUAAAAAAGAACAUUUGUCAUUAAACCCAUCCUCCCAAAUAUCGCAAACCACAAACUCUGUGACAUUGUCUAAUUCUUCUACUGUUUCAUCUUUUGAUUCUGUUCGUGUUUCUGAAUUGACUAAUUCUUCUGUUAUAACGAACAAUACAAAUGCUACUGUGGUCACAACCUCUUAUGGAUCGCUCGUUGGCGAUCCUGACUGGACAGCUGAAACAGCUUUGGCUGCAUCAGCCGCCCAAAGCACUGGGUUACUUGAUCCAGUGUUGCAAGUCAAUAAUAAUCAGGUCGCCUUUGGGUUAGUCCCUGGGCAGUCUGUCACUGAUACGAUGCAUACAGCUUUGUCCGCACCCGUUGAAACCUUAAAUGGACACAAAAUGCUUUCAAAAGAAGAAUUCUAUCGUUUAAAAAUGGAAGUUCUCCAUUCAGCUCGUAGAAGGCAUCGCCACCGCACUCGUUCACGUAGUCCUGGUUAUGCAUACCGGACUGAGCGGCUCCAUGGAGACACUUCGCGUCAUCGACUUGGUUUUGAAAGAGAAGAUCGGGAAAAACGCCGACACCACUCACCCAUCGACUACGAAGUCGAUCGUAGUCGGUAUCGACAUCGCCACGAUGAUGAUUAUGAGUCUCAUCGUGAUAGGAGCGGAACUUAUCGUCAUCAUUAUCGUUCUGCAUUCAUGCGAGAUUUUGACGAUGAUCGGAGGCGUUAUUGUUCACGGAGUCAUCUACGCAGUCCUGAGCGUCGAUCCAGGCGGUCACCAAGACAUUCACCUUCGCCUAAAGAUGGCUUGUACGGAUAUAAAGGUCGGGGUGGAACUUUGUCUCCUGUCUCUCAUGAAUUUGCAGAUCCGCGCCGAUAUCGGGAACCCCACAUCAGUGGGGAUUAUAAUGAAUUCCCUGCAAGACGCAACCGAAGUCGGUCACCUGUAUCAGUUGUCCCCCAAUAUGAUGUCUCUGAUGGGGAAUCUAUUGGACCUAGAAAUCCGUCACUUCCAAGAGAUUCAUCCCAAAUGCAGUAUGUUAAAGCUGGGCAACGCCAAGAAUUUGAAGGUUUUGAUCAUGUUUCCUGCAACGCGACAUGUGACAUACUACCUGUCGAUUCAGCAAAACAAUCUGUUUCUUUGGGUCUCACUAAUGAAAUUAUUCCCAUAGAUGAGUGUUUGGUAGGACACUCUGUCGACAGUAAUGUAAUUAGUGGUGAAACACUUGCGCCUCAAGUUAAAAAGGUUAAAACGAAGAAAGAAAAAAAACAUAAGAAGCAUAAGCACAAGCAUUUUGAUAAAAGGGCUUGUAUUCAAAUAAGUGGUGACUCAACCAACGAAGUAUGUAUUCCCACCAGCGAUCCUUUUUCUUGCCCAGAUUUCGAGUUGUCCGAUAAGAAGCAUUCAAAGAAACACAAGAAGCAGAAAAAGCAUAAACAUGGGAAUAAAGAGAAAAGGAAAAAGGAAACUAUAGAUGUGGAUUCUUCAUUGCAGCACAUAAAUGUCGAUACUGCUGAUGUAAAUGAUCUUAGCUAA